CUCUCCGGAGAAGAGGGAAGUUCAGUUUGUUCAGUUCGCGGCAAGAAAUACAGCUUUUUUUGUCAUUUGGGGUCGUAAAGAACGUUUUAGUAUGAUCGAUUUCUGUUUUGGAAAUAUGUCGACUUGCCUCCUACGCGUAUGAUUUGAAAGAUUUCGUUUAGUUCAUAAGUCAAAUCGCCUGUGGGGAAAGAGCCAAAUGACGGAGCUGCAGGUCCAGCAAACGGACGAGUCCUCGCCAAAUGCUGAGGAGCUGUCCUCCUGGCUUGAAAAAGUAAUCGCUUGGGGCCACGCUGACUCUCUGCACACCUGGAAAGACAUCUCCCUACAUUCGAGCAGGCUGAAGGAUUUCCUCCAGCAGCUUCUCAUACAAAUCAACAAUGUGAGCUCCACAGCGGAGACCAUGAAAAGGCUUCCCCUAUUAGGCCAGUUUUUAGGCCGGCUGUGCUGGAACCCUCAUGUCACUGCAGAAGGUGAAAGUAGAGGACUUCUCUUUCAGUGUCUCUGGGCACUGUACUCAGAGCAUCCAAGUAAUGCAGUGGAAAGAGAAGCCAACCAGUGGAUACGGAAAGUCCUGUGUCAGCUGGCUACAGAGGAAGAGGAUGGUGCUGCCCUUGCACUGAUGAAGCAUUUAGGUGUGCCAAGCAAAGAAUACCACCUAAAAGUGCUCAAAAAGAUGGUGACAAUAAUGCAGGAAAACAUCGGAAACAAUCAGUGCAGCAGAACUCAGGGGUGUUCAUGUGGCAGUAUUCGGGCUGCAUCAGAGGCUUGUGUGCCUCUCAUCACAUGUCCUGAAGCAUCGCCUCUUAUUGGCGCUUUGCUGCAACAGCCAGUGACUUGCUUCAGAGAUGGUCUGAGUGAAAACUUCCUCGAUGCCCUACACUCUGCCUACUCAAGACGUGUCCUGCCACUGGAGGAGCUGGCUGUCGUUUCUCUGUGGUAUCACAGCCUGCCCAGCCUGGAGGAGGCUGUGCUCCGUCUGCUGGAGUCUGCUACUGCUGCAGGAUCGACACCAAAUAAGAUCGAGGAACAAGUAACAAACUCGUUGUUGCCUAAAGCCUGUGCUCAGCACUGUUCAAUAUUCCUGGUUGCAAACGACAUCUUCAGGACUGUUCUGAAGCAGGCUGAAAGAAACGAGUGUGUUAAACAUGUUUUCCAAACCUUCACCAAGUGCUUCUUGAGGGAGCUGUCACAUCUGCAGCCUCAGACAUCAGCAUCUUUGAAAGCCUUCUUCCCACAGUCUCCUCCAAGUCUGCUGCUUCCUCUCCUCACCAUGCCUUCAGAAAUGCCUCAGGAGGCUUUGAAAGAUCACCUGGUGUGGGUCAGCAGCUUAAUACAGCAACUGGCUGAGGAGGAGGAGGAGGAGGAAGAGGACAGUAGAAACAUUAGAGGGCACCACAAAGUGUUCGAGGCGUGGCUCCUGCUGGUUCAGUGCGGCCACUGGGUGCAGGUGGCGGCCCAGCUGCUGGUCACAUCGGGGCCUGAGGACUGCGCUCCCCUCCUCUGGCUACUGACCUUUUAUCAUCACCCCACCAACAGGUGGCACCACAGAGCUUCACAGCUGGUGCAGGCCAAAGCGGCGUGGGACCACCUGUGCAGUCUUUUCUCAGUCGCAGGUCAUCCUCGUCCUGCCGACCGCCUGCAGUCGUUCAUCAGCCUGCUGUCGGCAAAACCGCGGCAGCCGCCACUCGCCCCGCCACUUGCCCUUAACCUCAUGGUUAACUUUGCUGUUUUCGGUCAACUGCCACUGAGCACAUCAACAGAGAUGAUACAGAAGGUGGUGGAUCAGUCUGGUCUGUGGGACGAGUCGACACGUGUUCUGGGCUCGCUGCGCCUCAGACUAAAUGACCGAGGCUGCGUCGCAAAUGACAGAGUUCGUCUCAGGAUCGAGGAACUUCGCAACACAAUGACACAAAUGUAAGCCAGGGUGCACUCUGACGAUGGAGGGCCGCUGCUAACAACACGGCCAGGGCAGAUUACAGGCCAGCGUUACAAACACACACACGCGCGUAUGACGGCCGCAUGGCCCACCAGGACCGCCGGAGCACACCAUUGAUCCCAGCAGCUGCGUGUUCGCGUCAGAGUCCGCCGCCUCGCCGGGUUUCUUCAAUAUCAAUCCAUCACACUCCACAGGCUGAAUGCAAGAAAUAGGUCAGACACAAAGGAACGCCCAACAUCAUCAGUUUAUUUAUUUAUUUAUUUUUGGCUUUGCCUUUGCAAAACCUGCUAUGCAAUGGAGUGAUUUGCUGUAUCUCAUAAAUUGUAAACAGUUCUGUUUGUGCAUCUCAAUUUCUGUGGUUUCAUUCCGUGUAACGGUGGAAAAACUGCACUCAUAAUAAACCGAGUUCGCUGCUGUGAGCACACACUGUGGCGCAUAAGCUCCUGUUGCAAUGCACCCGACAUGUUUUUAUUUUUAGAAGAAUAAUUCAUUUUUCUUGAUAUUUAGUUUUAAUUGGAUCAUUUGUAUUUAAGUUUAAUGUUGUAUACCUGGAAAAAGAGGAAAACAACUCUCUUCUUUAAUGUAUGCUUCAAGAUAAGAGAUGAAUCUGUAUCACAGCCCAAUAUUUCAACUAUUUUGUUUGAUUCAGUUAGGUUUAGCUUGAGUUGUGGUUGUAGCGUCCAGCUCAUUCACCUUCUCAGAACUGCAGGGGUAGUGGCAGGAACAGGGACUUUCUUUGUUCCCUUGUUGGAUAAAGUUGUAAUAUUUAACUUUCAUUUAGAAGCACCUUUAACAGAUAUGUCCAAGUUCACUUUUCAAACGGAAAACUGGAAGACACAAGAUUUGGAAAUCAAAUUCUGACAGAAUAAAUGGUUUGUUAGGCUUAACAAGUUAUUUAUUUUCCUUAAUCUGAAAAGCUAUAAUCUUUAGAAGCAGCGUGUGUUACAUCUGUCUGGACCAGACUGAAACUUUUGCCAGGGCGAGCAGGUCGUUGCUUUAUUUGUGGAGCAAUAUUUGAAAUAUUUUUAUUUUCAAGUUGUCCCACAAACUUGGGUGACGUCUCAUGUAUAGAUUGCUGCAACUUUCUAAAAGGCAGCACUGCAUUUCUUACAUUAAGAAUGUUACAUUUUAUCCUGUUCCCUGAAUAAAGCUGAGUGAAUAUGGAAGAUUCUUUCAUUCUACUUUAGAGAUAAAUACAUUUUCUGAUUGCUGUAAGGUCUGUGUUACUUCUAGUAAAAUGAACACCUGCACUCAUUUUUACACUGACACACAAAUCAAGAGCUGAAAAAAA